UUUCCGUGGAAGAACGCGUCUUCCAGUAUGAACCUCCUCCCGCUGUGUCACUCCCAGUUCUCCGUGUGAACACUCUUCUCACCCGAACACCAGGAAGAUCAUUUCCCAUGCAGGCGUAGAUCCGUGUGAAUCGUUCUGUUCCUGUGUGUCAUCAUGGCCUCUUCAGAUUUCUGGCCUCUGUGUGCAUUACUGUCUUUGGCAGUAGUGCAGGGGAAACAGUAUGCGCUCCCACUACCUGUCCCUGAGAUAGUGAGAGUAUAUUCAGAUGGAAAUGACAUACAUGAUUUUGGUGUCUGGAAGAUGAAUGUUGAAUGGAGGGAUAAUUUCCCCGUUGGCAACAAACCAGAGCCAGUCACUUAUGACGUAGAGAUCUUCCAUACUGAGCAGAUGCGACUUGUACAUAAGGAGACAAUAGAAGACCCAAUGGGCACUCAUCGGUGGAGCUGGACUUCACCCUUACCUCUCCAGUGUACCUCACAUUCAGUCAGACUGCGCACCAGACACCAGAGUCACACCAGCGAAUGGACACCCUUAUACACUUUAAAAGGAAAAGACAUAGAUGAUUCUUCUGAGAGUAACAUAUAUCCUCAAGAUUACGUCGCACGAGUUGGUGAAGGUAUUGUAUUCUGCUGUAUAUUAAAGAAGCAGAGCCAUGCGGGAUUCAGUCCUCCUCCUUUUACCAUCCAGAUUAGCAACAGGACAUACAUCACAGAGCCUGUUCGCCAUGAUGACGUCUCUUCGGUAUCUGGCUUUGAUAUACUUUGUGAUUACACAGGCGCUACAUACUUCAUCGGCUAUGCCCCUGAUGACCAGAAUCUUACAUGUGAGACAAGAGAUCUCAAUUCUGUGGAAUGUCACUGGAUCCCUGGGAAAACAGGCAAAUCACGCAUGUUUAAUGUACAGUACAAAGUCAAUGGAAGGAAUUGUUCAGUUGAUCGGUGUGUACUGGAUGACAGCGUAGAUAAGGGGGUGAUGAAUUGGACACUAAUUGCCAAAAACAGCCUUGGCGAAAAGAUGAUCAGCGAUGUAGCUGAUCCAAAACACAGGGUACGACUCAAAGCACCCACGAUUACAAGUGCAGUUUUGGUUCAUGCAAGGAAUGCCACACUUGAAUGGCAAUGGGGUGAAAAGUCAAAAUUGAACUCUUUCCCAAUGAUUUGCCAGGUGGAAGUGAAUGGACACACUGUUCAGGAAACAUUUAAUGGAUCUGGACUCAAGUCACUGGUCUUGACAGACCUGCAGCCCUUUACUGGAUACUCAGCUCGUGUGCGGUGUGGCUCUUAUGAACAUUUUUAUAAGUGGGGUGACUGGAGUAACCUCAACACCUUCUCUACCAAAGAAGACAUUCCAGAAGCUGUAGAUGUGUGGAUGCAGAUUCUUAAUGGACACACUUAUGUUGUAUGGAAGAGUUUAACUGUGAAUCAGAGUCAUGGGAUUAUUACAGGCUAUGAGCUGCUUUUAGGAAGCGCCACAGACGUGACCAAAGAGCACAUCAGCAAAGCCACAAAUGAACACUGCCACAAAGUCAGCGCAAAGAGAGCAGAAGGAGAUUAUUUUAUCUCCAUGUCUGCCAAGAACUCUGCCGGUAUCUCUCCUCCCUCCAAAAUCACCAUCCCUAACCUACAGUCAGAUGGUGGUAUUAUCACUGAUACCAUCAUAGGACAUAACGAUAGUUUUAGCAUAUCUUGGGAUCCAAGACCCAUUUCUAGCUGUGGCUAUGUGGUGGACUGGUUUCCAACAUACAGUACAGAGCAGUGUGAUAUAAAAUGGAUGAAGAUCCCCUCUGGUGUCUCAGAUGCCACACUUCACUCAGAUUUUGAAAAUGGGGUCAAGUACACUCUCUCAGUCUAUGCGUGCACUUCAGGAGCCCCCCAGCUACUGCAGAGAAGAGAAGGCUAUGUGAAAGAGCUGGUCCCAUCAGGGAGGGUUCGCAGUCUAAAAGCAAAGCAGUAUGGCAUGAAUGUUGAGCUUUCCUGGGAAGACAUGAUUGAAGAAGAGAAGAAGGGCUUUUUAUUGGGAUAUAUUGUAUCCUACAAGCAUCCCAAUGACGAUCAAAAUGAAGAGACACUGAUUGUAGGCCCCAGUGUUCGAAUGCAUGCGCUGUCAAAUCUUCAUCCUGGUUACUAUACAUUUACGGUGAAGGCCUUUACAUCUGUAGGACAGGGUCCUGGAUCUGAUAUCACUCUCUCAGUGGAUCAGCAGGGGGUUUCACCCACAUCAUGGAUAAGAUUCUGCUUGCAGAAAGUGAGACGCUUAUGGUGAAAAAUCCAGAACCUUGUCCACAGGGUGUGCUACAGUUAUUGAAAGCACACAAAGAGGUUGGUCCUAAGUCCAAAGAUCCACUGUGGGCAAGAUACUACAAUGAUGUUGUGCUUCUGUUUCUUCCCUCACCAUCGACCUUUCCUACACAGUGGUCCCAUCGCCAGGGAUUCAGAAUCCUGCAUACAACAUUCCUCUGCCCCUUCCAGAUGAUGCUUAUCUUGUGUUAGGUUACAUGCCUCAAAUACAGAAUGGUGACAACCAGCUCCAACCCUGUGAUGUCAAAUUUGUCCAGAUGGACUCUGCGGGCUAUCAGCCCCAAUCACAAGGAUCUUCACAAACUACUGAAAUACCUAAUGAGACCAGCUUACCACUCAGUACAGCCUCAGUCAGUUCUUCUGAGUAUCUGCUUCACCAGUGCUGGUAGGUAGUCUUAUCUACAAAAUUCCAGUGUGCUUUCAAGUUUUUGUUCCACCAAAGCAGGAGAGGCCAUGAUCAGUUGUUUGAAGACUGAGAGCAACUUGUUAAAGCAGUAGAAUCAGGUGAGAUUCUGCAUGAAUUGAAUGAAAACCGACAGCCACAUCGGCCCUUUGUGGAUAAAAAAACAAAAAAACAACAAAAAAAUGUACGUAUUAUGAUGACUUUUUGAUGUGAGUUUAUUCUACCGUAUGUACCUUUUUAUUUUUUUGCAUUGUAAUACUACAACGAAUGUUAUACUUGAGUACAAAUAUAUUUUGCUUCAAAUAUUCAGGAUGAAUCAUUUUUUUAUUUUAAUGUUGACUUGUCUGAAUAAUGUGUGUGUUGAGUGACUGGCGUCGCAUGAAUAUUAAUAUCACAACAAUCAGAGCAUACACCUUACA